AUGCAGCGCAUCAUGCACAGAUAUGCAGGGUCUGCAUCUAUACAGGCGACGUUGGGAGCUAAAAGAAGUCUUGGCGCUAGAGCGCAAUUGGGCAGGUACUGGGGGACUCUACGCUUUGCUUCGACCAUCCCUAAAACCCAGAAAGGUGUGAUAUUCUACGAAAAUGGAGGUGAGCUUCAUUACAAGGACCUUCCAGUGCCCACACCCAAACCUAACGAGAUUCUAAUUAACGUCAAAUACUCUGGUGUGUGUCACACUGAUUUGCACGCGUGGAAGGGCGACUGGGAUCUCCCAGUCAAAUUACCAUUGGUAGGCGGCCAUGAAGGUGCAGGUGUGGUUGUGGCUAAGGGCGAAAAUGUCACGAAUUUCGAAAUAGGCGAUCUGGCAGGCAUCAAGUGGCUCAAUGGCUCGUGUAUGUCGUGUGAGUUGUGUGAACAGGGCCAUGAACCAAAUUGUGAGCAUGCGGAUUUGUCCGGGUACACACACGACGGUUCGUUUCAACAGUACGCUACUGCGGAUGCGGUGCAAGCGGCCAACUUACCUAAGGGCAUCAAUCUCGCGGAAGUGGCUCCUAUUCUGUGCGCUGGUGUCACUGUAUACAAAGCACUCAAGACUGCAGAAUUGAGUCCUGGGCAAUGGGUUGCCAUUUCGGGGGCCGCCGGUGGCCUUGGAUCCCUGGCAGUCCAAUACGCAAAAGCCAUGGGCUUGAGAGUGCUAGGAAUCGAUGGGGGAGACGACAAAAAGGAGCUAUUCCACAGUGUGGGAGGCGAAGUUUUCAUCGAUUUCCGUAAAAGUAAAGAUCUGGUUGCGGACAUUCAGGAAGCCACCAAAGGUGGCCCACACGGUGUUAUUAACGUCUCUGUGUCUGAAGCCGCCAUUUCUUUGUCUGCACAAUAUGUUAGACCUUGCGGGACUGUUGUGCUGGUCGGAUUACCUGCAGGCGCAUUCGUCAAAUCAGACGUUUUCUCUCACGUCGUUAAGUCAAUCUCUAUCAAGGGUUCCUACGUCGGGAAUCGUGCUGAUACGCGUGAAGCUAUAGAUUUUUUCACUCGCGGCUUGGUCAAGUCUCCAAUCAAGAUUAUCGGCCUGUCAGAAUUGCCCAAGGUUUACGGCUUGAUGGCAGAGGGCAAGAUCUUGGGCAGAUACGUAGUUGACACCUCGAAAUAG